GCAAAAGUUGUGUAGACAGAAAGAGAUGUUCUGCUAAUUCUAACCAAACACCAAAAUAAAACCAACAAUUAUAAUUGUUAAGGAAUGGAAGAUGGUGGUGGGUGGUGAAUUGAUCAGCUAGAAAUUUUAGUGACCGAAAGAGGUGGCAAAAGAAAUUCACAAGGAAGAGAAAAAGAAAAGAAAAGAAAAAAAGAAACAGAUCUAAAAACAUAAUCUGAGAAAUGUUAGGAUCAACAACAACGCCAGCAACAAAUAAAUUCUUCCAUGAAUCGGUGUUGAUUGUUGGAUUAAUCGGUGUUCAAAUCGUCUAUUCUGUAUACUCAGUGAUCAUGAGCAAUCUAAUGGCACUUGGUCUCUCCCCUCUCUUCCUCGUCAUUUAUUGCAGUUUUGCAACCUCUUUAUUCUUAUUCCCUCUCUGCGUAUAUUUCGAAAGGAGCAAGUGGCCCAAAGAAUUCAGCACCAAAUUGUUGGGACAACUGCUGUUGAUUUCAUUUGGAGGGGUAACUUUGUUCCAGUCCCUACUAUUAGUUGGAGUUAAGAAAACUUCUCCAGCAAUCGCUUGUGCCAUGCCCAAUCUAGCUCCAGGGAUCAUCUUUGUCAUUGCUUGGGCACUCAGGUUUGAAAAGGUGAAUCUUAGUUGCAUGUAUAGUAAAGUUAAGAUCUUGGGGACUUGCAUUUGUGUUAUUGGAGCAAUUACAAUGAGCAUUUUCUACGCGCCUGGAGCAACCUCAGAGAGCACCAGUCCGAACGAUGAAAUCAACGAGGAAGUCAAGCUUGUUGGUAUCAUAUGUCUCAUGACAGCAAUCCUUGUCUUGUCAUGUGUUGUUGUCUUACAGGCUGCAACUUUGGGUGAUUUCCCUGCACCUAUGACUCUCUGUGCCAUAACUUCUUUCGCUGGUGCUAUUCUAACAGCAGUAGUAAAGAUGGUUGAAGAACGAGGAUUAGUCACAGCCAAUAAUAUUGUGCGCACCGGGGAUCUUGUUGGGUAUGCUAUACUGGGAGGUAUUGUAAGUGGAGCUUGUACGAGUUUUAAUGCAUGGGCAAUGAAGAGAAAAGGGCCAGUAUAUGUGUCUACAUUCAACCCCAUCGGAACUGUCUCUUCUGUCAUCCUCUCUGCUCUGACCUUAGGGGACUCUGUCAGUCUAGGAAGCGUGUGCGGUAUGUUCAUGAUGUUCACUGGCCUGUACUUUGUGUUAUGGGCUAAGAAGAAAGAAAAUGUCGUGGGCAGUGAUGAUGUAUCAGUAUUACCAAAAAGUUACGAAUCAGAAAAACCACUCUUAUGCUAGAGCCGCAAGCAUUGGGUUAGGCAUAGCGUAUAUAUGCUGCAUUAAAGGUAAGAGGCGGCAAAAAAAAAAAAGAACAUCCCACUAUGUAAGUUAAAUAACCUUUAAAAACUAGUUAGCAAGUGGAUACAGUUGCACCUACUUUCCCUAAGCUAAAUGUGCCCCCGAAUCCGUCCCUGUUAUUGAGAGUAUCAGUUGUAAAGCUUAGUCAGAUUUAUAUAGAUUUAUUUUCUAUCGUUUGGGAACUUUUAUUAUUUUUCCCCCUUGGAUGAUGUUUUACAUAAUAUGAGGUAGGUUGUUCACAUAAUAAAGUGUGUACACUGUGGUGGAUCUAUGUAAAUAUAUACUGCCCAAGAAGUUUUGUAUA